AUGACGCCCUGGUACAAGCCGACUGCCACCACUCGUCACCGCCAGGAGGCUUUGCAGCUGCCCUGGAUGACCAGCCGCCGACCUUUCAACCUGAGAAACAAACAAGCCUGCCGGGGAGCCAUCACCCUCGACGGCGCGUUCCGAAACGCCCCCGAGGACGCCCGUCUUGUAACCGCGCAGCUCCUCGGCCCUCGGCCCUCGGCCCUCGAUCAAGUGGCGGAUGAUCGAGAUGCGGCCGGCUCGGAUAUCGGUCGCCAAUAA